GUGCGUGCGCGCUUGCCCCAGCUGCGCCCCUGCCCGCACACACCCCGUCUCAUCCCCUCCCAGUCCCCUUGUCUCACGCCUUCUCCACCCCUAGAAGUUGCCCCCGGGCCCCUCCCGGGAGGAGAGGGCACCGUGACGGGCCAGAUAUUGGGGGUCUUUUGUGGAGACUCACGCGCUUGCGGCGCUUGCUCCUGGAAGGACAGCGGCAGGACAAAGCCCGCUGGACUCGUGGGGCACUGCUCGGGAAGCGGCGGUCCCCAAUCCAGCGGGGGGUGGGGGCAUGGCGUGGGGAGCGCUGCCCGCGUCUGGAGAGAGUAGAGACAUCGCCAAAACAGUGACAGUGACUUGAUGAGGCUGAAGAAAGCUCAGUCUCAAUUGUGUUUCCUGCCUGUCAGCCUCUUGCCUCCCAAACGCAUACCAUUUCCACUUGAUGUCAUCACGCAGAAGGGGGUGAAAGAGACUCGGUGACAGAUUCAGAAAUGAACACACCUAUGAGUACUGGAUGCCUGUGAGCUCCCCAUCACCUGCACUGCAAAGACGCAGAGCGGCGGCCUCUGAGAAGCAGCUCCUUCCCCCUCACCUUGGCCUUGACCUUCCUGCUCAAGGUCUACCAUGGAGACGCUGUCCCAGGACUCCCUGCUGGAAUGUCAGAUCUGUUUCAAUUACUACAGCCCCCGGCGCAGGCCCAAGUUGCUGGAUUGCAAGCACACCUGCUGUUCAGUGUGCCUCCAGCAGAUGAGGACCAGCCAGAAGGACGUGCGGUGCCCCUGGUGCCGUGGUGUCACCAAGCUGCCCCCCGGCUUCUCCGUGUCACAGCUCCCGGACGACCCAGAGGUCCUGGCUGUCAUUGCCAUCCCACACACUUCCGAGCACACCCCGGUCUUCAUCAAACUUCCCAGCAAUGGGUGCUACAUGCUGCCCCUGCCCAUCUCCAAGGAGCGCGCGCUGCUGCCCGGAGACAUGGGCUGCCGCCUGCUGCCCGGGAGCCAGCAGAAGUCCGUCACCGUGGUGACCAUCCCUGCUGAACAGCAGCCUCUGCAAGGCGGGGCUCCCCAGGAGGCGGCAGAGGAGGAGCAGGACAGGCGGGGCGUGGUGAAAAGCUCCACCUGGUCGGGGGUGUGCACUGUCAUCUUGGUGGCCUGCGUCUUGGUCUUCCUCCUCGGCAUCGUGCUCCACAACAUGUCUUGCAUCUCUAAGCGCUUCACUGUGAUUUCCUGUGGCUGAAGACAGCUGCAGGGAAGUCUCUGGUGGGUGCCAACUUAGGGGUUGAGCAGGUUGGUGAUGAGAUCCCGGUGAGAAGAUGGGGGGGAGCGACACUGACCAUUUGGUGCUGAGCGCUGGCCUCUGGGUUGCCUCUUGAUUUACCCCAAGACAGACACGAAGGGCAGAAGGUGAGGUCUCAACAAGAUACCAGGCGAAUUGUUCUGAGUGUUGAUGGCAACAGCUUUGAAGAUGAUUGCAUGCAUCCUCAUAAUCAUGUAUUCAAUGGACUGUAAUUUAUGAUUUUUGAAAAUCAUGUUACAAGAUAGACAUAGUCUACUUAGACGUUAAACUGCACAAGUGCGUACAAUGUGAUCUUCUCUAAAUGCGGUAGAUUAAAACAAAGAUGCUAUGUAUACAAGUAGAGUUAAACCUGCGAAUCCGUGUAAAAAUCCAGUGAAGACAUGCACUGCUGGCUUCUUUACUUUUUUUGUUGUUGUUCUUUUUCUUGAAACGCAGUCUUCAUUUAGUUGCUAAGGCUUUUUAUACAUUUUGAAUGGCACCAAAACAAAACAAGUCAAGACGGACGGUCGUUUUUUUGGAGAAAAUAUUUGAACAAGUGUCUCCAAUGUGUUGUGUUUUGUCAUGAACAUUCAUUUUCUUCACGUGUAAUUAGAGCUCACUACAUGUUGAUGAAACUGAAAGCUCAACAGGGGAGCAAUAAACUGAGAAAUCAUGAGACAUGUCCAGUCCCGCGGGAACCCUGUAUGCUGAUUUUCCUCAAGCCAUCUCACAAAAUAAGAAUUUCAAAUGUAAAUAUUGUGUAUUUGUGUGUGUAUGUAUGUGUGUCUAAUUUGAUUUACCUCAGGUGUUUGAGUCUUUGCAGAAGAAUCCCGGGAUUAAGACUUCAUUGGGCAUGGGUGAGUCGAGUCCCUGAAGCGGUGGCCACUUCAUGCGCACCUGCACCCAGCGAGGAAUCUCCUAUCCGUCACCUGCAACACUCGCUCCUCCUCUGUGUAUUUGAGUGCUGCAUUUUGUCAGAGGCAAAUGGAGAGUAACAGAACAGUGUCUCUUCUCCCGGUUUGGGAAUCUUGCGCUGGCCAUGAGUGUUGUGACUGAUGGCCAACCUGGGCGGGCGUUUUAAUAGACGGUCUGUGGUUCUUUUUUGAAAGAUGCUCUUCCAUGAGAGUUAAACCAGUUAGAAUUCCAGUUUCCUCUUAUUGAUGUAAGAGAGAGUAUCUCCUGUAUUUUAACAUGUUUUUACUGAGAAAAGUGGCAAGGUAAACCAACAGCUCAAAUUCCCAAAAUAAGUGGACCAGUUCUUCAUCUACUGUCAAAUAUUCUUAAAUGUGUAACGGUCUCUAGAUGCUCAUGAAGAAAGCUCUGCUAGAUGUAAGUGAUAAAUUCCUAUCCCUGGGUGCAUGUGCAUUCAGAAAUAGCUAUGAGCUUUACAGUUCUCAUCUAACUUAUUUUAUGGAAUUCAUGAAGCAAGUGGUAUGUGGCAAGGACUCCACUUAUAAAUGUAACUGUUUUUGUGUUCCACUGAAUCCCUGAAAAUGGUGAGGAGGGUGGGGGGAAGCGAAGGAAAGAGAAGCAGGGCUAAUUCUAAAAAGCAAGGCUAGAAAAUAGCCCUGUGAGGUCAAGAUAAUUUAAUUUAUUUACAUGCUACCUGUUAUCUUCAAGCAACACAAAACAUGCAUAUAAAAGUGAUGGAAUUAAUGUGAAAUAAAACAAAAACAUAAUGACUAGAAUACAAAACUAAUACUGCUAAUUGGCAUGAGAAUUCAACAUAAAAUUAGGAGCUCUGAUUUUUCAAAUUUUUCAAAUUUAUCAUAAGACCUUUAGGAAAUGUAUUUGAAAGCUCAAAAUAGAAAUUAGGUUAAAAUGCCAUUUUAUUGUGUAAGCUAUUGGGCAUUAUACAACAAAUAAUCUAGGAUUUAUUUGGUAUUAAUAAUUUAGGCAUCAUAUUAGCUGAAUACUCUCCUCUAUUAUGUAAUAUACUGUUGGGUUAGUGUCAAUUUCUCAGACUCUCCCAGGCUGCCAUAAUGCAUGUCUGACCUAAUUUCUGUUUCUCUUGGAGAAACACACACACACAUAUACACACCACAGAAAUGUUGCAUUAAGAAUGCUACAUUUCAAAUAGACUUUACCCUCGCAAUUUUAGGCUAUGCCAUAUUCAAAUUAAUUUUGCAAGUGAUAUCUGCAUAUGUUUCUGUACAGUAUGAAAUGACCGACCCUGUAGUGUAGUAUGUGAUAGAGUUCUACUUGUUAAAGUAGGUUAGAUACAGACACUAAUGUGUGUGAUGAUAGCGUCCUGUGUUUCUUAGUGCAAACCUGUAUAGUAAAAAUGUUCAUAGAACUUUUACUUAAAAACAGUCCCGUGCUAGAGCUGCCAUUAAGCAGUGCAAAAUUAAUCGGCAGCAUGGUAGAUUCUUGACCUUAAAUUUAACAAUAGCAACCAAAAUCAGAUUAUUACUUUUUUUCUUGCGAGUCUUAUUGACAUAAGAAACAUUGUUUAAAUUGUU